AUGGCCACCAGUCGCUUCGCCGUGAUUGCUGGCGCUGGAGCAGGAACCGGAGCCGCGAUAGCGCGCAGAUUUGCCCAAAAGUAUCCAGUAUUUCUCCUGGCCAGAUCGCCUGACAGCUACAAUUCCACGGUAGAAGAGAUCACUGCCAGUGGCGGACAGGCGUAUGGCGUUUCGGCGGACAUCAGCUCUGCGAAGGAUGUUAAGAAAGCGCUUGAUGAGAUUGAGCAGAAAGUCGGAAAGGAUGCCAGCUGUGCGGCUGCGUUGUUCAACGCCAGUGCACGACCAGCGUGGAAGCCGUUCAUGGAUCUGACGGAAGCAGACUUCGAUGCAUCAUAUGCCAUUAGCGGAAAAGGCGCAUUCCACUUCGCCCAAGCUACAAUUCCGUGGCUAUUGAAAGACGCGAAGAAUGGCUCCCCUGAAUACUCGCCCACCCUCAUCUUCACCGGAGCAACUGCUGCUCUCCGUGGCUCGGCCAAUCUCGCAGCAUUUGCACCUGCCAAGUUUGCCGGCCGUGCCCUCGCUCAGAGUCUGGCCAGAGAGUUUGGGCCUCAAGGCGUGCAUGUUGCUCAUGUCAUCGUCGACGGCAUAAUUGAUUUGCCGGGCUCGAAGGAGUUGCUGAAAGAUGCUGGUCCAAAUGCCAAGUUGGAUCCAAAUGCGAUUGCCGAGAGUUACUGGUAUUUGCAUAGCCAACCUCCGUCGGCAUUUACGCACGAGCUGGACUUGCGUCCUUUCAGCGAGAAGUGGUAG